AUGUUUCCGUGUUGCGCUCUCACUACGUACAUUACGGUAGAGUUGAGCUGCGUAGAAACCACUCUGUCUCAUUUAGCAGAAAGCAUCACCUCCAGGAGAAACGACAUGGCUACAGAGUGUAUACCAGCUGCUUUUGAAGAUCUGGACGUCAAGAAGGAGUUGAUCUCUGAAGAUCCAGAGCAGAACGUCUACACUCGGUUCAUGAAGUCCCAUCACUGCUAUGACCUCGUUCCCACCAGCUCCAAACUUGUUGUGUUUGAUACUUCGUUGCAGGUGAAGAAGGCGUUCUUUGCUCUGGUGUCGAAUGGAGUAAGAGCAGCUCCGCUGUGGGACAGCACCAGACAGUGCUUCGUGGGAAUGCUCACAAUCACAGACUUCAUCAACAUCCUCCAUCGCUAUUAUAAAUCUCCACUGGUGCAGAUCUAUGAGUUGGAGGAACAUAAGAUCGAGACGUGGAGAGAACUGUAUCUCCAGGACUCUUUCAAGCCUCUAGUCAGCAUCUCUCCAAACGCAAGUUUGUACGACGCCGUGUCGUCGUUACUGAGGAACAAGAUCCACAGGUUACCUGUGAUCGACCCCUCGACUGGAAACACACUCUACAUCCUCACACACAAACGCAUCCUCAAGUUCCUCAAACUGUUUAUAGCAGAGAUGCCCAAACCAUCGUUCUUGUCUCGAACUCUGGAACAGCUGAACAUUGGGACGUUUGAUAAAAUCGCCGUGGUUCGGUCCGACACGCCGCUCUACACCGCUCUGGGCAUCUUUGUGGAUCACAGGGUCUCUGCUCUGCCCGUGGUCGACGAUAAGGGUCGAGUUGUGGACAUUUACUCCAAGUUUGAUGUUAUCAACCUUGCGGCGGAGAAGACGUAUAACAACCUGGACGUGACGGUGACUAAAGCGCUGCAGCAUCGGUCGCAGUAUUUUGAGGGAGUUCUGACAUGUAACCGACUCGAGACUCUGGAGGCCAUUAUUAACAGACUGGUGGAAGCAGAGGUCCACAGACUGGUGGUGGUGGACGAACAGGAAGUAGUGAAAGGAAUCGUGUCUCUGUCCGACAUCCUCCAGGCGCUUGUGCUCAGCAACAAGGACCAAGAAUCCGCAUGA